AUGAACUCCAUUCUCUCAGAAGUAGUAGCAGGGGACGAGAGGAAGAAGAAAAUAGAGGGGGAAAAAGCAGUGAACUUUAUAUCCCUGACUUUCCCGACCCUUUUUGCUAGCCGAGUGCUACGAGGAGAUGAAUGGCUCUCCGUCGAGGAGCAGAAACUUCUCUCCGUCGCUUACAAGAACGUGAUUGGCUCCCUCCGCGCCGCCUGGCGUAUUGUGUCCUCGAUCGAGCAGAAAGAGGAAGGCAAGAGGAACGACGAGCUCGUUGUGCUCGUUAAGGAGUACAAGUCCAAAAUCGAGACCGAGCUUUCGGCCGUCUGCGCCGGGGUUCUGGCUAUUCUCGACUUCAAUUUGGUUCCCUCCGCCGCUAGCAGCGAGUCCAAGAUCGCCAGAUCGGAGCUCGAUCGUAGCUCCCUGUCGGUUCGCUAG